AUGUUGCCUGAUUCCACAACAGAACCAACAAGCGCAAGCGACGCCAUACCGGACUUGUCUGUCUUGCUGGCGGCCUGGGGUGGCUAUCACUUCAAGUUUGUCGGCGAGGGCGCCGCCAACCUGGUCUUUGAUAUCAUCCCGGUCCACACGGACGGGGAUAGCAAUGCCAACGACCCAAGCGAAGAUAUACUCAAAGGCCACCUCCUACGCGUGCCCAAGGCCGGGACGCAGGCGUACAAGCACGACGAGCUGCAGGCGUACUGGGAGACGGCCGUGCAGCCCCUCUUUGAGCCUCGGGACCUGGUGCAGCAGCGCCUUGUCCGGCUCGGCGGUGCCGGCGGCGGGCUCGUCGCAGCGCGGCUGAAUGCCGCGUUGCGGACAGACGAGGACGGCCGCCGCGGCGACUUCCAGGGCAGCCAGGUCGCCGCGGCCGAGUACGGCAUGCUGGUCGAGGACAUGCGCAAGAAAAGCCACAGCGACUUGAUCGUAGAAUUCAAGCCCAAGUGGCUGAGCCAAUCGCCCAACGCGCCCGUGUCGGCGACGCGUUGCCGCAACUGCGCUCGGGAGGCAUACCGGCGCAACCACUUCCACAGGAAGAAGAAGCAGCAGACCAGCACAGCUGGACCCCCCACCACAAUAACAACUACUGGCACGAGCAGCAGCAGCAGUACUCACGAAACAACACCCCUUAUUUUAUGCCCGCUCGACUUCCUCGCCUGUACUAGCAGCACCAGCAGCAACGAAGCUCUCGACCGCUUAGUAGACCAGCUUAUCACCGGGGCUAGUCCCCACGGCCAGCAGCACCAGCAGCACCACAGCCGGCUAAAGACGUGGCUAGCGACGAACUCGCUGCUCGCGCGACUGCGCGACGCGCAGCUCGCCAACGACAGAUGCGGGCCACUAGGCGCCUCAGCCCCCAACGGUGAGCUCCAGCUGGCCAUGACGCUGCGGGACUGCACGUGCUUCGUGCGGGUAUCGGGGGAGGGCGAGGACGAGGACGGGCGGGUCGAGGCCAAGAUAGCGGACCUGGACAAGAAGAACGGCGAGGCCAAGAUGGGAUAUUGGCAGGAGACGGAGCGGCAGCUGAUUGACGGGGGCUACUAUGACGGAACCGAGGAGCCGCGGCAGGUGACGAACUGCCAGGUCGAGCGAUCUGGGACCAAGGUUACGAAAGACGACUAA